AAAAGCAAAUUCGAGGACUACCUUUUUUAUAUUCUUCUUCUGAUGCGAGUGAGUGAGAAGAACAAAAGGGUUUGAAAUUCUUAUUAACCACUCAAAUCAAGUAAAAAGUAAAUUCCUUUUUUCGAAUUCUUCUGCUUUUUCUCAUGUCUGAUUGUUAUCUCAACUGGAAUCUAUUCUUUUCCAAUUACUUAUACUUUUGUCUCUUUCCUCAUCUGAUCAACGCUUAAUCUAUAGUCUUUGGAUAUAAUAUAUUAUCUAUGUAUGGUGGUGGUUAUAUAACUCUUCCUUGGAAACCCUUUUACUCUGUUUUUGUUUUCAGAAAUCAAAAUCUGUUUUCUGCUUUCCAAUCUGGGCACAUAAAGUUUGCACCUUGGAAAAAAAAAAGGACAAAAGAGGUCUUGUCUAAUUGGUUGAUGUGAUUGGGUGUUUUCAAAGACCCAACAUAUGUUUUGAUGAGGGUUUUGCUGUGUAAGAUCCAGUGCCCUUCUUUCCUCUGCUUCUGUAAGCCUUCUCCUCACAUCUACACGGCAUCAGGCUCGCUUAAAUUGGAGGAGAACACGCCUCCUCAAGUGUCUACUACCACGGUUGUUGUUGAUGACAACGAUGAUGAUGAUGAUGAUCAUUAUGUUGAUGCACAUGCCGCAGAAUGUGUUGAUCAUGCUACAGAGGACAAGGAAGAAGCUUGUGCUGUAGAGGAGAAACAAGAAAAAGAAGAGCAAGGUGAGAUCUUGAAAAGCAGUCUCAAGAAGGCGGCUUUGGAUUCACCAAGGGAGAAGCAGAAGAAGAAGAAGGUACAGUGGGUGGAUUUGAUGGGGAAAGAACUUGCUGAGAUCCGUGAGUUCGAGUCUAGUAAAGAAGAUGAUAUAAGAUAUGAUGGCGACCAAAGCUGUGUUUGCGUUAUUCUGUGAUCAAGAUAAGGCAAUGGCGAGAGGUGAAGAAGCUUGCUGGAGAUGGAUCCAUGUUGGUUUUGUGACCUUGGCUAUAGAGUCCAUAUACAUCAAGGUAGUACAUAUAGUAGAAUCUACAUUUGCUCGCCUGAGGUUAUAUGAUGUUUCUAUAUAUAACAUGGCAGCAUUUUGUUAUGAUUUUAGGAUUGUGAAAAGAAUUGAUUUCUAUUACAAUUGUUUCUUUGACCAGUUAGUGAAUUGGUUUGUUAUUGUUAGUCAGACUCAAACAGCUUUAAAUGUUAAAUUGGUUAUAUGCGUUAUCCCAA